CCGGUUGCUCGUACUCACUACUAGUUUUGAUAAACUCUCCGCGUUAACUCAGAGUAACGCAUCGUCCAGCUUCCAGCUGUGACUUAUUUCCGCGCGACAAUUUAGUCGUCUCCGUUAUCAGAUAGCUCACCAGCUAACGAUAUCUACUACUUAUACCUCCCGGAUCAUUGUGCAAUUUGGCGCUCACGCACAUCAUCAGAACACUCAACACACACUCGUCGUGGCAUGCGACCAUAACAGUGUUUUACUUCACUAUUCGCCAGCUACUAGCUUUCGCAAACCAUCCCGUCACCAAUUGAUACCAUCCAUGACUUCGAUCCGUUGGAAGCCACAAAUCACGUAUCGCUCCCCCACUGCAGGGACAACCGCUCUCCAUCUAGAAGUGCCACCAGUUGGCUCUCAUGCAUCUUCGUCGAGCCAUUCUCCUUCCCCUCAAUCGCUUCAGCAUUGGACAGUCCACCAGCCCAGCCAUUCUAAGAGACAUAAGAGAUGGACGAUGGGUCCUUCACUGCCACUUUAUCAUCCUCUUGGUCGUCUUGCCCUAUCUCUCCCUGAUUUGGAUCCAACUGCGUUCGGGCUCCCCGCGCCGGCAGUAAUAAUGGAUGAUCCCACGCGUCGAUCUUCAAAUCGCGCACGUCGCCCCGCGCCCAAAGUACGCGACGCAAAUGAGCCAGCUUCCUCCCCCGUCCCUUCUAUCGAUCUAAUCCCUGUCCCCGAGCUAGAACUCAAGGAAAAGCCUAGUUCCCGCAGGAGGCGCCCUGCUGGAGGUGGGAACAAAAGAAAGCGUAGAGAAGUUGAUGACGGUGACGCGACCUAUCCUGCCAAGCGCUCCCGCAACCCAAGGGGCUCCGCUGCCAAUACCACGGCACGCACUCCCACCGUCGGAGAGCCUUCUCCUCCCUACUCUGUUGAUAAUUCUGCUCUUUCCCCUGCACCUGAUGACCCUCCGGAAGAAAGACGGCCCGAACGCCGGACCGCUAAGUCACGUGGUCUCCCUCCUCGUAGGGAUUCUAGUGGAAGUGAGGCAACUGUCACUUCAGUAUCGGCCUCGAUUGUCGCGGGUAGCGUUGCACUUCUCAAAGAUACCGGUGAAGAUGCCCUGGACAUUGACACUUCGCCACCUAGCGGGCCCAGGGACACUGAGCGCACCACCCGCAGUGGAGACCUCAGCAGCAAAGAUAGUUCAGAUGGAGGUGACAAAGCCGCAAAUAACGUUCCAGGGUAGCGUGGCACUUCCUUUGUGUCUCCUGUAUAUGUAUGUAUAUGAGACAUUUUGGUUUAUUUAACGAUAUGCAUUCCUUGUCUAUUGCUAUUUGUUCCUGACCACUUUUUCUCAUCGUUAAUAUUUAACUGUUCGAUCUAUUUACUCUCUCAUAUUAUCUCGUUGACUUAUGUAGUGUGGUUUGCUUACGAACGGGAUAAAAAUUAUGAAGUAUCUAUAUUGUCUCGAUCGACGAGGUGAUUGACCUGGAAUAAAUUAAUGGAUGGCAUUCAUAAAUAUUUAAA